GUUGAAAACAACCAACAGCAACCAGCCAAUGAUAAAACGCGGGGACAUGUUAUGAUUAGUUACCAAUGGGGAUGCCAAAAACUGAUGCUACGGGUUAAAGAUCGUCUCACGAAGAUGAAUUAUAGAGUUUGGAUAGAUGUUGAAUCGAUGGGAGGAUCAACACUUCAGGCUAUGGCGGAAGCUGUUGAAAACUCAGCAGCAGUUUUAAUAUGUAUGUCUCCAAAAUAUAAAGACAGUCCUAACUGCAGAACUGAGGGAGAAUAUGCAUACAAACUGGGUAAACCGCUGAUUCCUAUCCGAAUUGAAGCGGGCUAUGAUCCUGAUGGUUGGCUUGGAGCUUUGCAAGGCGCAAAAUUUUGGGUUGAUUUUAGUAACCUGGUGGCGUUUGAAGUUAUGUUUUCUAGACUUAUCAAAGAACUGGGAGACAAAGGCAAAGGAGAUGCGCAGGAUUUACAACUGUCUCCAAGUCAAGCUAGUCGUGUAAUUGCAAAAGUGCCUCCCCGUCUGUUAGAGCGGCGUAAACCGGUGAACAACUGGACAAAGGAGGACGUUUUGAAUUGGGCCACAAAAAAUAAAAUUCAAUCUCGAAAGGUUCAAAGUUUGAACGGAGAGUCUAUUGUUUUCUUGAGUUCUAUCAAACUAUCAGCACCAGAAUUCUUUUACAAAUACGCUUCAGAAAAGCUUGGAAUUACAGAACUUCCGGACCUAAUUUCCCUCUGUCGUGGACUGGAAAGAUUAGAAUUAUAGAAAACAAUGUCGUUCGUAUUUUUGUACAGAAUUAGAUUAGAUAUGUUGACUAUGA